AUGGCACAGCCUGCAGUUCGCCUUGCCCUUGCGCAACAGGAUGCCAGGGAGCUCGAGGACAGUACCGUCAUAUCACUCCAUGCUGAAGUAACACCCAGUGUGCUCAUCAGCACUGCCAUGGAUCUUGAGCACGCACAACAUCGUCUUCGGGUAGAUGCAGCUGCACUCGGGCUGCAUGCGACUGAUGCACAGAGAGCAAACAUCGUGACCUGCAGGAACACCCUGCAAUGCCGUAUUGAAGCAUGGACAAGUGUUCAAGUCCUAUAUAUGCCCAUUGUUGCCAACCUACGUGCCACAGCCCUCCUCCAUCAAUCCCAUCCUCAAAACGCUGGCCACGAUGACAGCGGCUUACCGAGUCCAAGGCCUGACUCUGGGAAAGCCGAAGAUUUCUCGCUCCUCUUCCCUUCCGACAUCUGCAAUCUCACUUAUGCUCAAGCCAACGAUGCACUCAAUGAGUGCCGCUCACACAUUCGCCUUCAAACCCAACUACUACGUUUUAAGGCUCAGAACAUUCGUGGGCAAGGUGCCAACACACGAGCGCGCAAGACUAUUGAUACGGUAGAGGAACAUUUGGCAAUGUCUCACAUGAAGUACUGCUGUGCUCACAAAGUGCUCGUCACACUUUCAGCACACGUGGAUCGCACUGGUUGGCAGCAGAGUUUUCAACUGCUCAAAAAGUCUGAUCUUCGGCCUAUGGGGGACUUCGGAGGACAAACCCAGGGCACUGCUAUCAUGUCUUGGAUUUGGUGGACGCAUGGAGUUUCUGCUGAUGACAGUGCUGGUCUUCAGGACUCUCUUCGCGUUGAAUGGUGCAAGGCCAGGGCACGCCACAACCGGUGGCAUGAAGAAAUCCAGCUGCUUAUGGAGGAAAUGCACCGUGUAUUGGCUUUCCUGAAGUGGCACAUAAAGUGGUGGGAGGAGCGCGCGACACUUCGAACAUUUGUAAGGUCUGAAGAUGCAGAGGGGUUUGUUGCAUAUGCUAAGCGUCAGGGUGCUGUACGCCGUGCAUUGUUGACGAGUUUCGAGAACAGGUGGGCUAGUGUUCCAGCACUCGUGGAAUCUGCCUAUAGUAAUUUGGACAUUGCCGAAGAUGCGUCAUAUGAUCGUGAUGAGGGACCAUCACUAGAAGCUCCCCCCCCCUUUACAUAUUGA